AUGAAUGCCUACUCAUUUGACAUAAGACAUAGACGUGGUCGUUCUCAUCAGAAUGCAGAUGCUAUGUCAAGACGCUUGGAUGGUCAAAGAAACGACACGAAACAGGAAUCUGUUGAGUGCAAUGCGGUGACGAAAACACCCAAGGAGGUUGAUCUACAUAUUCAUCCUCCCUCUACAUCUAAGACUACUGGUACUCAGACAUUUCACCAGCCUUUUUCAUUACCUUCAUGUACUACUGGUACUCAGACGUUACACCAGCCUCUUUCAUCACUGUCGUCUACUACUUGUACUCAAACUACAUGCAUUCAACCUACGUCAGUUAAAUGUGAUGAUACUCAACCUACAUCAGUAAAAUGUGAUGAAACUCAGGCAAACAAUCUUCCUGACGUCGAGAAGAGAUCACAUGGUGAUUUGAUUUCUGACCACGACCUACUUCAACACCAACGGUUAGACGAAGACAUCUCUAAGGUUAUGGAGUAUGUCAAAGAUGGAUAUCACCCUACUUGGAAAGAACGUCGCCAACAAUCUGCUCGUAUGCGACGACUACUUUGGCAGCUCCCUCGUCUUGUAAUUAGGCAAGGCAUUUUAUGUAGGAAGACCUAUGACAAGCCUAGAGAGAUAUACACUUACCAAACUGUAAUCCCAAAAUCCUUAUUACAGAGAGUUCUACAUAAUUUGCAUGGUCACCCUUCAUCUGGUCAUUUUGGUGCACAAUGUACAUUACAGAGAGCUCAUGUGUCAUUUUACUGGCCUUAUAUGCAUAAGAAUAUAGUGGAUUAUUAUAACACCUGUAAGGCAUGUGAAUCUUUUCGCCUUCCUAAUCCACCAUACAGAGCGAAGUUAAUGACUAUUACCACUACACGUCCUCUGGAAAAAGUGUUUGCUGACAUAGCUGAACUUCCGAGAUCUAGGAACGGAUAUAAAUAUCUGCUGGUGGUAGUGGAUCAUUUUAGCAAAUACUUGAAUUUGUAUGCGAUGAAAGACCAGACAGCACAGACAGUGGCCAGGCACAUUUGUGAAGAUUACAUCCAAGAACAUGGAGUGCCUGAAAGCCUGCACACAGACCAAGGAAGGCAGUUUGAAUCCAGACUUUUGCAAGAAUUAUGUAAAAAUCUGGGAAUAGAGAAGACAAGGUCCUCCCCAUACCACCCUCAGGGUGCCGGUCUUGUGGAGAGAGCCAAUAGAGUCCUGAAAGAUCAACUAGCCAAGUACAUUGCAGACCAAGGUGGAGACUGGGAUAGCCAUUUACACCAACUUCAAUUGGCAUAUAACUCUAGUGUACAUUCUACCACUGGGUUAUCACCCUACUUCAUAAUGCAUGGACGAGAGGCUAGGACUCCAGCCAACGUCAACUUCCCAACGCCAGCAGUUACCUCACAUCCUACUUCGACUCCAGAAGGUUACACAGAUUCACUGAAUAAACGUCUGUCUACAGCCUUUAGAUUUGUAAAGGAGCAUACAAGGAAAGCACAGGUAGCCCAACAGGAACAUUAUGACAUGAGAAAUAGGACUAUCACUUAUUCCACAGGUGAUCUGGUUUGGUUACAUGAUCCGGUGAACGUGCGGAACAAGCUAGAGCCGAAUUGGAAGGGACCAUAUAAAGUUCUAUCAUCAUGUACUGAGGGACUGAACUACAAGAUUUCUAGGAACGGAGAUGUAAAGAUUGUACACCACAAUCGUUUGAAGCCUUUUAGGUCGAGGAUGGGAACUCCUACUUCCUCCUUCGGUAAACCUACUUCCUCCUUCAAUACACCUACACCCUCCUUCAAAAUACCAUUUUCCUCCCUUAACAGGUCUACAUCCUCCUUCAAUAGGCCUGCAGACUCUUUUGCUAUUUGGUGGCAACCACAAAUACCACCAAUUCCACCCCGCCAGGCAGACGAGGGUCGACUACCAAUUCCACCCCGCCAGGCAGACGAGGGUCAACUACCAAUGCCACCCCACCAGGCGGACCAGGGGCACUUACCAAUGCCAGCCCCCCAGGUGAACCAGGGGCAAUUACCAAUGCCAGCCCCCCAGGCAGCCGAGAGGUACCCGAUACCCAUCCCCUUCCCCCAAGAGGAUGGAGAACAACUACCAAUGCCGGCCCCCCAGGUAGACGAUAGGGACCUGAUACCCAUCCCCUUCCCCCAAGAGGAUGGAGAACAACUGCCAAUGCUGCCAUGUCAGGCAAAUGUUGAGCAACCUCCACGACGAUCGCGAAGUGGACGUUUAUUAAUACCACCUAGGAGAUUAAAGGAAUAUGAUACUUCGUGAGUAAAACAUUAAUCAUUUGGAAGUGUAUUUGACUCAUCAUCUUAAAGAAAACUGAGAUAUGGAUAGUCUUGUGAUUAAUAUUGGAACUAUAGGACCACUACUGUCUACAGAUAACUUCAUUUCGCUGGAUAUUACUAUGUGACUGACAAAGUAUGCUGGAUUAACAGAGAUUGAACUUUAAUAUGCAUACAAUGAAUGAAAUACCUGAGCUUAUUUAUCCACACAUGACCAAACAGAUACAUGAACUCAGUUUUAAGUGUAUCAAGACAUACCAUUGGAUGCAUGAACUCAGUUGAAAUGCAUGCAUGAUAGAAUUUUGUUUGCUUUAUUAUUGUUUAUUCAUAAUGGUCAUGGUCAUUCGUCAUGUGCUAGAUGAAUCGCAUAUUUCGUUAUAUGAAAGAACUCCAACGAGUCAGAGAUUGAUGACCGUCAAACUUUAAAUUUUGUUUCAUACAUCCUUCGAGUUUGAACUCUGGAUCACAUCUUUUUGGAAAUAUUUGUCUUCACUUCGAGGAAGUCUUCAAGUUUUGAACUCAGGAUCAUAUCUUUUUGGAAAUAUUUGUUUUCGCUUUGAGGAUUACAGUCAAAUACAAAGAAUUUUAACUCUGGAACAUUACACUUCGAAAAUUUGAAGGAUUCGGCCACUAUAGGUAGUACAAUUACAUGUACACAGUGAUAGCCACAACGUUCAGGCAGAAUAAUCCUGAGGCUAUCUACUGCUGGUCUGUACCCUCGCUCUACAGAUCAGAAAGUUUUUUUUACAAUCAGCAUUGAUCAAAUCUUAUUUCUUUGCAUGUUUUUUUUUUCUCGAGAGAGAGACGAACCACGACGUUCGGGCAGAAUAAUCCCGAGGUUCGAUCUCAGGUUGAGCACCUUCGCUCUGCUCUUCCUACUAGGAUAGUUGGUAUUUA